AUGCGAAGCACUGAUCACGACAACCUCUGUAAAUUCCACGGUAUCUCCCUGGAUGGGCCAUAUGUCAUGUCCGUUUGGAAAUAUUGCUCUCGGGGAUCGCUAAAGGAUGUCAUCGCGAAAGGCUCACUUCAAAUGGAUUGGUUUUUCAAAUAUUCACUCAUAAGGGACAUUUGUGAGGUGCGGGUGGUGGAGUUUUGGAGGCAUUAA